CCCAUAAAGUCCCAACCUUUGCUCCGCCAGCGCGCACUGCGGAUAGACUUCGGAUUCGUAUUCGCAAGGCUUCGCGAUUCAAGCGGUUAUUCGGCUUCCAUGGCUUUCGCUGCAGCCCCUUUCUUCAUUACUCCUCUUCACAAUCUCAGUCAAGCUAAAGUGAACCCGAAUUCUUCAUCUUCAUGGCCCUCUAUGGCCUUCACCGUUCCAUCCAUUAAAACCUCAAUUGGUUCCUCCAAGUCGGCCUUCUUUGCACACGGGUUUCCUCAGAUUUCAUCCGGCUUUCCAGGUUUCACUCAUAAAUCUCGAUCUUUUGGUGUUCAUGCCAGAGCGGCCACAGAGAAAAGCAUUCAUGAUUUCACUGUCAAGGAUAUUGAUGGGAAGGAUGUUUCUCUUAGCAAGUUCAAGGGGAACGUUCUUUUGAUUGUCAACGUUGCAUCGAGAUGUGGUUUAACAUCAUCAAACUACUCAGAACUGUCACACAUAUACGAAAAAUACAAAGCUCAAGGAUUUGAGAUCUUAGCUUUCCCCUGCAAUCAAUUUGGUGGGCAAGAGCCUGGAUCAAACCCUCAAAUUAAAGACUUUGCUUGUACUCGGUUCAAAGCAGAAUUUCCAAUCUUUGAUAAGGUUGAUGUGAAUGGACCAAACACAGCUCCAGUAUAUCAGUUCCUGAAAUCCAGUGCCGGAGGCUUUUUGGGUGAUCUUGUGAAGUGGAAUUUUGAGAAAUUCUUGGCUGAUAAAAACGGUAAAGUUGUUAACAGAUACCCACCAACAACCUCACCGUUUCAAAUUGAGAUUGAAACCGAAAGUAACGGGUCUUGCGGUUGUGGAGCUACAACAUAAUAAUGUUAUAGGAGGGAAAACUGCAAUUAUAGUUUAUCAAUCAACUAUAUCUGAGAUUAAGUUGGCAGGCAUAAAGAUUCUUUGAAGCUGUAAGGCAGGAGGGAAUGAGUGAGUUUUUUAGCAGAGGAUAAUCUUUGAGUCUAGGAUAAGAGACAAGAGUAUUGCAUCAGAUGAGUAAACCUGGUUCUGCUUCUGAAUUAUGGAAUGUUCUUGAAUGAGAAAAUUUUGAGAGAGAGUGCAUAUAGGCAGUUCCAGAAGUGCUUGCCAUCCAUGACGGUAUAUCAAAGCCAAAGACAGUGAUCGUUAGAAAGAAAGCUCGAAUGAAAGUGUUUCGUAAUUUGUUACUAAAUAUUGAUGGGCCCAAUCAUCACAGAGCAUAGUUUGUGGUCAGGUAUGAAGCUGAAGAACUCUGAAAAUGGUUUAUCCUUACCAUGCUAUUUCCUCU